AUGCAAGAUAGUAGUGAUAAUUUCUAAGAUUCUUAAAGUUAAAGCUCAGAAUAAAGAUAAAAAGGAAGUGUGCCUUCAUUUUUAGUAAGACUGUUUGACAUUAUGGAAGUAUUAUCUAAUAAACACAAUAGAAUGAAGAUCUAAAAGAAAUUAUUGGAUGGAAUACUGAGGGAAACGCAUUCAUUGUAAGAAAUUAACAAUUGCUUGCUGAUAAAAUAUUGCCAAAAUAUUUCAAACAUAAGAAUUAUCCAAGCUUUUUAAGGUAAAUUUUGAUUCCAAAUUUUAGAUAACUCAACAUGUAUAAUUUUAAAAAAAGUAAAGCGGACGAGAUUAAUUAAAAAUUUGAGCAUAAAUGGUUUCGAAGAGAUGGAAGAGCCUUGUUGACUAAUAUAAAAAGACGAAAUUAGGAAGAAAAUGACGAUAAAGAUGUUAAAUAUUUAUUAAGAAUCUUAGGAAAUUCCAUAAAUUGUUGAUGAAAUUGAGUAAUUUAAGAAAGCACAAAAGGAACUAAAAAAUGAAAUUUAAGCUAUAGCUGACAGUUAAAAAUAACUAUAAAUAGCACUCUAAUAAAUUAUGCAACAAAAUGAAACACUAUUCUAGGAAAGUCAACAAUUAACGUAAGAACUAUCAAAUAUGCAAUCUAAAAAUUAGUAGAGAUUCGCUAAUUACUCGAAUAUUUUAACUGAAAUUGUUUAAAGAUUGUAAUAAGAAUAAGAAGAAGAAUUAAGUAAUUCAAAUUAAUUAUUGUAGGGAAUAGGGAUAAUAAUUAACCAUAAAUAGCAGGAGAAUAAAAAAAGGCUAGUGUGAUACAAAUAAAGCAAGAACAGCCUAGCCAAUAAUAAUAAUAAUUCUUUUCUCAAUAGUAAAAUAAUUUGUCAGCAAAUUCUCUUCAAUUUUUGAUGAAUAUGAGUGCUAAUAAGAAUGCAUUUAAUUUCUAGAUGUUUUCAUAAUUAAAACAAUAAUAGGGAAAUAUGUAAAUGUUUUAAAAUGGUUCUGCAUAAUAACCUUAAAAUGAUGUGAGGAAAAAUGAAAUAAAAAAGGAAAGCGAAUAAUGA